AUGACGGCAACCGUCCGUCGCCCGCGCGUAGCCAUUGUAGGCGGAGGCAUCUCCGGCAUGGCAUGCUCCUGGAAGCUGCGAAACCAGCGGUGCACUGUGGACAUUUAUGAGUCCAGUGACAAGCUCGGCGGGCAUGCCAAUUCGAUGCCGUUUACGGGCAACGGCAGAACGGUGGAUGUAGACACAGGGUUCGUUGUCAUGGAAGAGGCAACAUAUCCCCAAUUCACGUCUUUCCUCCAGGAACUCGGCGUCAAGACAAUCCCGACGGACAUGUCGUUUGGCGUGUCGGCCCUGAACGGGGCGUUGGAGUGGAACAGCCUCUCUAUCAUGGCCUUUGUGGGCACUUUGUCCCGCCUUUUCAGCCCCUGGUUCUGGCGUCUGAUGUUUGACAUUGUCUACUUUAACCUGUUUGCGCGCGACAUCCUCGCACAGCAGGCGCCCGUGUCGCCGCCCAAGAAGUUUGUUGGGUCGGUGGAAGAGGAGAUUGCGGCCAUCGAAAAGGACCUCAAGGUCAACCGCCGCGAGUCCAUCGCCGACUACCUCAAGAGGCAAAAGUACUCGGAGCAGUUCAUCAUCUACUUCCUCAUCCCCAUGGUCGCGGCGCCGUGGUGCAUCGACCCGGAUGAGUUUGCGGCCAACUUUCCGGCGAGAAACCUCAUCCAGUUUAUGCAUAACCACAGCUUGCUGGAUACCGUCACCAAGACUCUCCGGUGGCGCACAUUCGCCAAUGGCUCCAAGACAUAUGUGGACGAAUUCCAGAGACAGAUGCCGCACCAUCACAAGCUUCACUUGAAUACCGUUGUCAGGAGUGUGACGAGGGUUGACGGAAAGGCCCUGCUCAGCUUCGCCGAUGGUUCAAUCGAGACCUUUGACCAUGUGGUACUCGCAAUUCAUGCCAACCAGGCCGUAUCUCUGCUUGGCCAAGAUGCCAGCGCGCUGGAGCGCAGGAUCCUUGGUGCCUUUACAACCAGAAGAAAUGUGUGCUAUCUACACUCUGACAUAUCUGUAAGUUGUUCUAUUUUUCCCGUUCCUGUUUUUUUUUUUUUUUUCCUAUUUGAUUGA